AUAUUUAGCUACUGCCCAGUUCGUCGGCAACAACUUCCUCAAGGCCCAGGGUUACCCGAAGGCGACGCACUUUGACCCUGCACGGCCCGCCGAGUCCUUGUCGAUGCUCGCCAACGCGGUCUUCAAAAGGCACUUCGGCCUCAAAGUCAACUCGGCAACUUACAUUAAACCAGCGGUCGCGUACAUCCAGGAGGUCCUCCAGCUGGGACAGAGCAAGGGGCUCAGCAUAGCCGCCCUCUCCUCGUCAGACAUCGAGUCCAGACUGUCCGACACCAUCAACGGCGAGGUGGUGGAGCCCGUGCUGCGCGUCUGGCGGGCGUACCGAUACUCCACCAAGGUCCCCCAGUGCGCCGCCUACGUGCUGUGCGUCGUGAACAAGCAGGAGCCGGAGGGCGGGUCGGUGGCGGGGACCCAGGGCGUCCUCGCCCCGGCCGGCAUCAAGCCGGGCGUCACCAAGCUAUCGAGCAUGGUUGCUGCUUGGUUCAUAUCCGGCAACAACGAGACACCUUUCUGGAAACUGUACAACGCCGCGGUCGAGGACCACGACUGCUCAUCCAAAUACCAUCCCAAAGAAUCGUGUGCGGAGUUCCACGAAGAGGAUAUAAGGGCAACAACCGAAUACGCACAUAAUGAACUUUAAAGUUUUAAGCGAGUUUCAGGAAAAUGAAGACUGUUCCAGUAUAAAUUUGUCUAGCUAAGUUGAGGCCAAAGCCCGUGGAGCAUAUACAAUUGAUAUUUUAAACAGGUUACCUACGCCUAAGUGAAAUCCAUUUCUUUAGAAUGUGGUGAAUGUGCACCGUUUCUCCAAGGAGCAGAGAUAUAGAGAACUACAGUGUAUGCCUCAACUCGUUAAAAAAUAAUUGAUAGGCAGAAGUUACAAUGCCAUUGCAUGUUGAACUAUUUGUAAAUAAGAAUUUCCUGAUUUAAGUGUUUAGCUUCUAA